AAUAGAGAAUGGCGUCGUAUAAGAUAAAUUUUGUACUUUUCUGUUUAACUGUGAUUUCUAUUGUCCGACAAUCUCUCUGUUCGAAAAAUAUUAGAUUACGAGCAGAAAGGGAUGUAGUAUUUAUGGCCAAUGAACAAUCAAACAUACAAUCUCAGCUAUCUUUUAAAGGGAGUUUGGAAGGGAUUCACCAUCUCAAAGGUGUAAAAGAUAUCACCGGAGAGGCAUUUAAAAGAAAGAGAUGGCGAAGAAGUCUCAAUGAUAACUCUGAUAGUAUAUGUUCAAGUAGAAAAGUAGAAAUAGAGGGUAGACUUCAAGCAAACGGUAUUAAAGAGAAAUUUCUCACAGAGGUUCUAAUAGCGGUUACAACAAAUUCAAUCAACUAUUUAAAACCAUCGACUGUAUACAGAAGGUUUAUUGAUCAUGGAAGAAGCUUCACAAAAAUUAAUAAGGCUGUUGCCAAAGAUAAAGCAGAACUCUUAAUACGACCUGGUAAUGGUCUGCAAAAGCAUGCACUAGAUACAACAAAGCUGUAUAUUAUUGAGAGUAUAGAAUAUAAAAGCAUAAUCUACAUAAGUCAUGAUAGUGGAAAAACUUGGAAAAAAACUGUAGCUGAUUUCGAUAUAUCGAGUGUGUUUGUUUUUCAUCCCAUAAAACAACAAUUAAUUCUUACGUUAAAUGACCGCCGAAUUGACAGACCUUUAUAUAUCAGUAAAGAUGGAGCAUUUAGCUGGAGAUUAUUGAGAUAUUAUGUGGUAGAAUUCUCCUGGAGUGAUAUUGAUGAAGAUAUAAUUUAUGCAACUGUCAAAGAUGAUUUCCAUAAUCCACUUCAUAAAUUGUUAAAAAUUAAUGUCAGAAACAACAAAACUCAAGUGGUCUUGGACAAUGUACAUAGUUUUGGAAAUAAACAAAAAUUUUUGUAUGCAUCUGUCCAACUUCCAAAGAAAGAGGUUCGCAUGCUUAUGGUAUCAAUUGACGAAGCUAAGACCUGGAUUGAAGCUCAAGUUCCACACCUGACCAGCGAUAGAUUCUUCUCCGUUUUGGAUAUGAGUGAGGAUUUAAUUUUUCUUCAUGUCGACAAUCCAGGAGAUACAGGACACGGGACACUCUACACAUCAGGCGCCCGGGGUCUCGUGUACUCCGAAUCUCUUCUUCGUCAUUUAUACCCCAACACACGCACUGGCGAUCUAACAGACUUUUAUAAAGUAUUAUCAAUGGAUGGUGUCUACAUAACUUCGAAGAUUUUGGAAAGUACAACUAUCAUUACAUUGAUCAGUUAUGAUCGAGGAGCGGAAUGGAAAAGCGUUCCUGUACCAAAAAAUGCAGAAUGCUCAAUGGAAGUUUGUUCUCUACAAAUCUAUAAUUCAUAUAGUGCAUCUCAAGGAGUUAAAGGCUCCAGACCUGUUAGCGUAGCAAAUGCUCCAGGACUAAUUAUUGUCCAUGGGCAUGUUGGUGAUUCCCUGCAAAGGAGAGAUACUGACGUAUAUAUUUCUAAUGAUGGAGGAUAUUCUUUUUUUUUGGCUCUAAAAGGACCUCAUAUAGUGCAAAUAGGUGAUCAUGGGGGACUGUUAGUAGCUAUUCCCAAAGAUGGGGUCAGCAAGACUUUAAAAUUUUCCACGGACGAAGGUAAUUGUUGGAUAGAUUAUAAAUUCACAACCAAAGAGAUAAUUGUUACUGGCCUUUUAACUGAACCUGGGAAUAAGGUUAUGACUGUGAGCAUUUGGGGCUAUACUGAAGAUACGCAUGAAUGGAAUAUUAUUGUUGUUGACUUUGAGGCAGUUAUAAAGGAACAAUGCAAACAGACGGAUUAUGAAGAGUUUCAUCCACACAAAGGAAACAAGCUAAACGGCUGUUAUCUAGGAUUAAAAAAAGUAUUAAAAAAAUUGAAGAAAGAUAGCAUUUGUAGAAAUGGUUAUGAUUAUUCAGUUGAAGUUAAAGACUCUAGUGUUUGCAAGUGUGACAAGUCAGAUUAUGAAUGUGACUACGGUUACGUGAGAAAUGGAAUCGAUGAAUGUAAAAUAUCUCCGGACUUCAAAGGCGAAGAUCUCUUCAUUUGCGAAAGGGGGCAUUUAGAAAAAAUCGUCAGCGAGGGGUACCGCUUAAUUCCAGGUGAUAAAUGUAAGGGUGGGUUUAGGCCAAUAUCGCGAGAGAUCGAUAUGACAAAAGUUUGUAGGAAGGAAAAUCGUAUGAUCUAUUCUAAACAUAAAUCUGUAUCUGCUGGAAAAAUUGCUUUCUGUGUUAUUUUUGUUUUGUUUUUGGUGUGUGCUAUUCUGAUUUUCUUAUGGAGGAGAUAUUAUACGAAGAAAGCAGACACCGGUGUACAAUACUCCAUUUUGACAGAGGAGAGUAAAAGAGUUUCAAUUUGGUCGGAUAAUGAAGAUGAGCUGAAUAAAUUCGAAAAUACUACUCAUAACUCGACGGAUACGGCUAAAAUUAAUGAUUCAUCGGCAAUAAAACCUUUCCAUGAUGAUUCAGAUGUAGAAAUGCUGGAAUAG